AUGAUUAGCUAUCGUUCUGAUGAAGGUGAACUUAUCGACACAGCUGCUCGACUGAAGCCUCCACCCCUUGACAUCAGCUACGUCAACACUAAGAACAAUAUGAUAAAAGCUGAAAGGAGACUGCUGGCAACGUUAGGAUUUGUCGUCCACGUCAAACAUCCACAUAAAUUGAUAUGUGCCUAUUGUUUCGUAUUGCGGGCGCAUCAUCGAACCGACCUUAUCCAGAGGGCAUGGACAUACAUGAAUGAUGGAUUGAGGACAGACAUGUUUGUACGGUACUCACCAGAAACCAUUGCAUGUGCUUGUAUAUUUUUGGCCUCUCGAACAGUUCAGCCACAAGUGCCACUCCCUGACAAACCAAGGCAUUGGUAUGAGCUGUUUGAUGCGUCUGAUACUGAUGUUCACACGAUAGCUAUGAUGCUCUUGAAUAUGUACGCCAAUCAAAAGAUUGAAGCAGAGCAAAAGGCUGCGAAAGCGCAACUCGUUGCUCAGAAACUCGCUGUUGAAAAGAAGAAGCCAGACGAUGGAAACCGUAUUCGCCUGUUCGACGAAGACGUGAUUCCCCUGAGAAGAACGGACGGAAUAAAGCUCGUGGAGGAAAAGGUGGACGAGACGAUAGACGGGACAGAGAAAGGCGAGAUGAUAGACGAGACGAUAAACGGAGACGGAGUAGGAGUCGUAGUAAAAGCCGGGAUCGCUAUUUAG